AUUUCCAGCUUUGGGAGUGACAAGUUGAAGAGGGAAUUCCUGGCUCCUGCUAUCUCGGGUGAUGUCGUGACAUGCCUGGGUGUGAGUGAACCUCACGCUGGCUCUGAUGUCGCUGCCAUCAAGACAAAAGCUGAAAGGAGAGGAGAUGACCUUAUAAUCAAUGGGACAAAGCUGUGGAUAACAAAUGGAGCUCAUGCUGAUUGGAUAUGCCUCCUUGCCAAUACUAGCCAGGGUCCCCCACACAGAAGCAAGUCUCUCAUCUGCGUCCCCAUGAAAACC